AUGAAAAAAUUUGACAAUCAAAAAUUUGUUGAAGAUUUAAGCCGACAGCCCUGGGAGAAUGUUUAUUUUUUUGCAGAAGAUCCAAAUGAUAUGUGGAAAAUUUGGAAGAAAUUAUUCUUAAAUGUCUUAGAUAAACAUGCACCAAUUCAACAGAAAAAGAUUAGAACAAAAAAAGUUCCUUGGAUAACAAGUGUCAUAAAGAAUCUUAUGAACACAAGGGACAGAUUAAAAAGAAAAGCCAUUAUCACAAACCUAGAGAUAGACUGGUUAAAUUAUAAAACAGCAAGAAACAAAGUUAAUAUUCAGCUAAAAAAUGCCAAAAAAGAUUACUACUCCACUAAGAUUGCUGGUCAAAAACACAACCCCAAAGAGGCGUGGAAAACUAUAAACAAUAUAUUAGGUAGGCAAAGCAAACCAACAGUUGUAAACGAGUUAAAAGUAGGUGAAAAUAUCUUGACUAAUACCCAAGAUAUUGCUGAGGGGUUUAACGAUUACUUUUCAAAUAUUGGCCCUGAUCUUGCUAGCAAAAUUGAUUCUACAAAUUUCAACUAUGAAACAUAUGUUGAGAAUGCUAAAUCAGAAUUCGCUGCGUUCCAGCCAGUCACUGUCCAGAAUGUCUACCAACUCUUACAUUGUCUUUCUAGCAAUAAAGCUACUGGAGUUGAUAAGAUUUCAUGCAAAAUUAUUAAAAUAGCUGCACCUGUCAUUUCAGAUUCCCUAACAUACAUAUUCAAUCAAGCUAUUACUCUAUCCAUUUUCCCUGAUGAAUGGAAAACAGCUAGAGUAAUACCUCUUUAUAAGAAUGGCCAACGAAACAUGCCAGGAAAUUACAGGCCAAUUUCAGUUUUGCCAACCAUUAGUAAAAUUAUGGAACGAAUUCUAUAUGAUCAACUAUAUGAUUAUUUCACUAAAUUUGGGCAUCUAAGUGAUUGUCAAUUUGGUUUUCGAAAAUUUCACUCUACAACUACAGCAUUACUGGACUGUACAAACGAGUGGUAUAUGAAUCUAGACAGGAAAAAAUUUAAUCUGGUAAUCUUAAUUGACCUAAAGAAAGCAUUUGAUACUGUUGACCAUCAAAUUUUAUUGAAAAAACUAGAGUUAUAUGGAGUAAAAGGGCAAGCCCUAUCUUUUGUCCAAUCGUAUAUCUCCAAUAGAAAGCAGAAAUGCCAAAUUCAAAACUCUCUCUCAUCAGAGAAACUGAUCAAAUGUGGAGUACCACAAGGCUCUAUUUUAGGGCCACUAUUUUUCCUACUAUAUAUUAAUGAUUUGCCUCAAUGUCUAUAUAAAACAAAACCUCGGCUGUUUGCUGACGAUACGAACCUGACAGCUUCUGGAGACUCUAUUACUGAUCUUGAGGCUGCAGUGAAUUCUGAUUUAGAAAAUCUUAGAAAAUGGCUAAUUGCCAAUAAACUUAGCCUAAAUGUAGCUAAGACAGAGUUUAUGUUAAUUGGCUCUAAACAAAUGAUUAGAAGUAUUUCAGAUCUACAACUAAACGUUAAAAUUGAAAACGAAUCAGUUAAGCAAGUUCAUGAAUCCAUAACCCUUGGGGUGACAAUUGACCAGCAUUUAUCUUGGAAAAGUAACACUGAGAAUAUUUGCAAGAAAAUAACAUCCGGUAUAUCUGCUCUUAGACGACUGAAAGAAUUUGCUGAUAAGCAAGCCCUUCUUUCUGUGUAUAAUGCUAUUGUUCGCCCAUACUUCGAUUACUGCUGUGAAGUAUGGGAUGUGUUUGGUGAGACACAAUCAAAAAGACUCCAAAAACUCCAAAAUAGAGCUGCUCGAAUCAUUAUGAAUAUGAGCAAUGACACAGAUCAUUCUGUUGCUCUGCAAGCAUUGGGUUGGAAGACACUUAAAACAGAAAGAAAGAAAGGGGAAAGCAAAAAUAAUGUACAAAUUAUUAAAUAAAAUGGGUCCCAAGUCACUCUCUAAUCUUUUCACAUAUAAAGGUGAGAAAACAAAGUAUCACCUCCGAGAUAUUUCAAGUGGUCUUUGUCUACCACAACCGCGUACUAAUAAUAUGAAAAAAAGUUUCAUGUAUGACGGAGCACACCUAUGGAAUUCAAUUCCAAAAGAAAUUAGAGAGAGCAAAUCCCUUUCUGCCUUUCGGAAAAAAAUCGUUACUCACAUUGACUGAUUGAUUAAUGAUUUGUAAAUAUAUCUAAAUUACUUUAACUUAUUUAAUACUAUAUAUCUUAUAUAAUUUUGUAAAUAGCUUUUUAGUGUAUCUGUAUAGUUUGCACACGCCCCCCGUGGAAAUCAGCUUCGGUUGACGGGGUCAGCGUGUUUAAAUAAAGUUUUUCUAUCUAUCUAUCUAUCUAUCUAUUCAAUUUUAUACGUGGUGCGUUUCGGAUAAUCCCUUUCAAGAACAACACUUAAUAAAAGGCCCUGAACCAAAUGUUAUACCUCAUAGCAAUAUGUAUUAUUAAGAGCAAUGCAUGAAGCUAGAAAACUCAACGUUAACUAUAAUUAAAGAAUCUAAAUAGUAUAAACUAUUCAAAAAAAAUGCUACGAAAGAAAGUGUGGCAAAAACAUUUUACAUGGUGAUGGGAUAAAAACAAAUAUCUUGCACAUAACGAUCCCAGAAAAAAAAUUCCCUGCCAGCAGUAAAUCACCCACCCCCUCCCUCAAAAGUUAAAUGGUCGGCCCCUAAUAGACACUUCUCCAUUUUGCUGACCGGCAAUGAAACCUCUUAUGUACAAUAUAGAUUAUAUCGGUACAGCUUUCAGGACUAUUUAAGUUAUUGUCUCGUGUGUCUAUUGAUUGUUUUCGUUAUGACAUACUUCAAAAUUUUCACGAAGUGCUUCCUAAAAUUGGAAGCCACCUCGAUCUGAACUGGAGAAAAUUAAGGAGAGAUUAAUUGCAUGGACACACGGUGACAGGGGUACAGAAAAGGGUUGAGGCCCCUUGCUUUGGGCUCAGAACUGAGUCCCCCUUGUUACAUGUCGAUUUGGGCUGCAUGAGGCCCCAAUAUUUUCGCAGAUUGCGUUCUAAUCAUUUUUUUGCUCCAACAUGAAAUAGGUUCACUAUACCGGAAUUAUAAUUGAAAAAUUCCUAGAACCAAAAAUAAAUACUGGAAAUUUCCAUGAUUAUAUUAUAUUGCACCCUGCACAUUAUAGAAAUAAUAGUUAUCUAUUAUUUCCAUGUGCCACCUCCACGCCCUGCUACUGACCCCACCCUCUACAUGUUAAAUUACCUGAAAAAUAUAACCAGAACUCAGACGUUUCGAGCAAAGGCCUUUCGACUGGGAGCAGUUAUAGUUGCCUGGAUCAAAACUUCGUGUGAAAUGUCAAAGUUCUUAUUGUAUUUCAGGUAGUUUGAUCUUGUAA